UACAUUGAUUAGAUCGAAUCGAACUAGUUAGCCGUUAAAACCAUAAACAUAUAUAAAGUAUAGGGACGAUAAAAGCAAAAAAGGGAAAGAAGAAUGAGAAGAGUAUUACAAUUACGUUGAAACGAAACAGACAGGGGGAAGGGAACUCUAAAGAAAGUAAAGGAGCAGCGAUGAGAUCGGGGGUUGUCCGUAAACAACGGAUACAACUCAUGUUGUUCGAUGUUUGUUUUGUUUUUGGAACUCCGCGUUGAUUCAGCGUUCUGGAUGUUUCUCUCUUCUUCUUCUUCUUCAUUAUCCAAAUCGUUUUCCAAAGUAUAUAAAUUUUCAUCAAAACCCCUCGCUUAUUUUUGGUUAAAUUCAGGCCAAACCAAAGGGUUUCACAGAGAGAUUUGUGUGUUUUCUUCGAUAUUAUCAUUAGAAAGAAAAAAAAAAGUUAUAAUUUUUAUUUUUAAAGUCUCUUCCUUUUUUCAGCAAUGGAGGAUAAACCAUUAGGGAUUCUGAGGGUUCAUGUGAAAAGAGGGAUUAAUCUUGCCAUUCGUGAUGCCACCACCAGUGAUCCUUAUGUUGUUAUUACGUUGGCUAAUCAGAAACUGAAGACGCGUGUGAUUAAUAAUAACUGUAAUCCAGUGUGGAACGAACAACUGACACUUUCCAUCAAAGAUGUGAAUGAUCCAAUUCGUCUGACGGUGUUUGAUAAAGACAGAUUCUCGGGAGAUGACAAAAUGGGUGAUGGAGAAAUAGACUUAAAGCCGUUCCUAGAAGCGCAUCAGAUGGAGUUAGAUUUCCAGAAGCUUCCCAAUGGUUGUGCAAUCAAGAGGAUCCGUCCAGGCAGGACCAACUGUUUGGCUGAAGAGAGCAGCAUCACUUGGAGCAAUGGGAAAAUCAAACAAGACAUGAUUCUUAGACUAAAGAAUGUGGAAUGUGGAGAAGUAGAGAUCAUGCUCGAGUGGACUGACGGUCCAGGCUGCAAGGGUCUGGGACGCGAAGGAUCUAAGAAGACACCAUGGAUGCCAACAAAACGAAUGGACUAAGCUUGCAGAAAUGUUAAAACAGAGACCCUGAAGAUGUGAUGGUACUUUUUUUUUUUUUUUUUUNCUGUUCAUGGAAAGACGAGUUUGUCUUUGUCUCAUCAGAUAUGAAAUUACAAAAAAAAGGCUCUGCUUAAGUCUUUAGUUAUUGUACAUGUCGAAUAUAUAACUCACCUUAUAUAUAUUGUAUCUAUUUCUACUAAUGAUGAAAUAAAGCAAACCCUGAAUUUCUAGAA